AUGAUUUCUGACAAGGAGAUGACAGACGACUACACAGUCUUCUAUCCUCAUUCUACGAAACUCCCCUCUUUCACGAUGCGGGUACCUAGCGGCAGCAAAAACCAUAUUGAUACGUUACUCGAGGAUACAAUCAAAGCCAAGAAACCACUUCAACAGCACAUUGAUCUCACUGAGGGUUAUACGUUGUUCAUGGUACGUAUCUUUCUUGUGUCGAUUAAGCUGGUAGUGACCAUACUAGCCCUCUGGAUUGUCGCGGUCGCCCCCCUCACAUGGCUUCGCGAUUAUCAUGAUGUUGAGGACACCAUAAUUGAUGUGAUGGAGACGACGCAUACCGUUUUCCCAGAAGGACCGCAACCUCAUUUCGUCGAUAUUCUCUUUGUCACGCCGGAGAUACUGGAGAGUCUGGACGACGUGGGAGAGCUUGCCGCUAGCCAUAGGAAGGUCAUCCGUGUUGUUAACGACCUCAAUGACCGAUUUCACGCGGGACGACCGCACGACAACUAUGGUCCUCCAGUCGCCUUGUUCCACCCUACGUUGGGCUUACUCGCAUACCGUCUUCGUCAUCCUGACUUCGAUGUUCCCGAGAGCGAACUAAAUUCUUUAGAGUUCGAACAGGUUCAUCUCUUUAUGACACAGGUUUUGUGUAGCUACGAGAAUGAGGAGGCGCGGACAGAGGCCAUUCGGGAUGCCCUCAAGAUAAUCUUCAGGUUCGAUCUCGAUUGGGACACAUCCAUCGGCGACAACCACCUUGAUGCGGUUUUUGGCGGCUCACGCCCGUUCGGCUUGGUGAUAAUCAAGAACGAGUCCGGGUUGGGUGGUGAUGCAUCUCUGCAAGCAGGUCUAUCCUACGCGAAAAUCCGACGGCGCCAGUCAAACUACCCUGCUAUCCUGAUCGGAAUGAUGGGUGACCUCCUCGAGAUCGGGAUUGCCAUGUACACCGACGGACCCUAUACCGACUGUGUCUUCUCGGAGCGGUUGCGUUUGGACUUCCACCGGAACGAGAACGUUCUCCGUGUCGCGCGGGCCUUCAAGGCUGUUCAGCUCGCUGUGAGUGACCUUCGCGCAUUUUAUGCACGACUCGACGCGGCACCUCCGAAUCCUCCCAUCAGCAUCGCACAUCUCUUUCCCUCACCUCUGCCGGACCCCUCCUGGAAGGACAGCAUACCAUCCUUGACUUUCACGCACCGGAUGUCUCGCGCUGGGCAGCUCUAUCUCAUGGCGGAGUCGCCAGAUCGGAGGUCUUCGUGCAUCUAUGUUGCCACUAUGCCCAAGUCACUGGCAUCAGGAGCCGGCGAUACUGCCGACGGCGAAGUCGAGGUCCUCGUCAAGUUCACCGCGAGCUACAACGAAGAAGCCCACCGCAUCCUCGCCGCAGCCGGGUUGGCGCCUAAUCUGCACGCCUGCAUUCCCGUGUACGAUCGCCUCUUCAUGAUUGUCAUGGAUCGUGUUCACGGCGAGAUGGCGUGGUCGUUCGAGCAGAGAAAGGAGCUCCUCCCGUACAGCAUCUACGCCGACGUCAAGACUGCCAUCAACCUGCUUCAUGACAAGAACCUCGUCUUUGGUGAUCUACGGUCUCCCAACAUCAUGUGUGUUCGUCGAUCCGAUGGCGAUGGCUCAGACGAACGGUGGAAUGCCAUGCUGAUCGACUUUGACUGGGCCGGGGUUCACGGUGAUGCAUUCUACCCAGCGAUUAUGAAUGACCAACUAUCGGUGUGGGUUCCCUCCAUGCGGCGAAGAGGGCUGAUGCAGAUGGAGCAUGAUGUUGGUAUGCUCGAGCGGGUUGAAAAGUUGUGCGAACCGAACAUGGUGUAA